AUGAGAAGACAUUUCCAGGAACCACCUCACACUGCAAGAGCUGAAUACACAACACGCACAUCUGAUGAAACCGUGAGAACCAUGUUUCUGUUAAAGUUAUUCGUAACUUUCACGAGUGUUUUUCACUCUUGUUCCGAAAAUAAUAAUCUGCAUGUGUAUCUUCCUGGGGACAUCAUGAUCGGAGGUCUUUUUCCAAUUCACCAACAAACCAACAGAAUGGAAGAGCCUGGUCCAAUUUCUUGCCAUGAAUUUAAUAUCCAAAUGUUGCUUCGCACCCAAGUGAUGAUCUACGCCAUCCAAGAAAUAAACCAACGCUCGCCGAGACUGCUGCCCAACCUCACCCUUGGAUAUGACAUCUAUGAUACUUGUGGAGACGUCAGCCUGGCCAUCACAGCAGCUCUGCAGCUGUUGACAAACCAGUCAGACCCUCAGAAGUGUCUCAUACCUACAUCCACCGACUCCUCCUCGCCUCAACCCGAGACUAAGGUGGUUAUUGGGGAGAGGUACUCGGAGGUAUCCAUAGCCGUUGCACGGAUAUUUGCACUACCAUCAGUCACCCAGAUUAGUUAUGCAUCAACCAGUGAGCUGCUCAGCAAAAAAUAUAAGUUCCCCACCUUCCUAAGGACUGUUUCCAGUGACAGAUUUCAGACAACAGCCAUUUAUGAGCUGGUGAAGUACUUUUCAUGGCAAUCAGUGGCCAUUGUGGGAAGUGAUGAUGAAUAUGGGAAGUACGGCACUGAUAGCCUCAAGAAGUUGUUCGGGGAGAAUAAUAUCUGUGUUGACUUUGUAGAGAUUCUCCCUGGUGACUUCAGUGAAAACUCUAAAACAGCAGGAGAUCUGAUAGAGAAAAUAAAAGUUUCUACAGCUGAGGCCAUCAUCAUGUUCACCAAAGACAGCAAUGUUCGUAUCGUCCUUGAAGGAGUUAUUAAACAAAAGAUGAACAGAACCUGGAUAGCAAGCGACACCUGGUCCACUUCUCCUGAGAUCUCUAAAAUACAAGGCAUCGAAAGCAUCGGACCAGUUUUUGGAUUCAUCUUUAAACAGAACGAUGUUCCCGGUUUUGAAGACUACAUCUGCUCUGCAUUUAAUGGAAGUACAAAGGCCUUUUUGAGUCAUUACCAACUUUCCCAAAUCAAUUUUGAAGAUGACACUGAAUGUAACUGCAAGAUCAAGACCUCCAGCCAAAGCUGCCUGCACUACUACAUUGACCGUGAUGAAUCCUUCAACAUCUACCUGGCUGUCCAGGUCAUUGCUGAGGGCCUCAGAAGAUUGCUAAGAUGUGACAAUGGAAGCUGUGAAUGGACCAAUUUCACGGCUGUUCAGCUUUUCAAGGAGAUCAGGAAAGUCAACAUCUCUGUGGACAGUACAAACAUUUACUUUAAUAAAAAUGGAGAUCCCAGUUUGGGAUAUGACAUGGUGUUUUGGAACCCAUCCAAGUCCAAAGGAGGCGAUGACAUAAGAAAAAUCGGAGAAUACUGGCCAAACGAGAAAAUUACAUUUCACGAAGAUUUCUCCCAAUGGAGAAAGAAUGACACUGUGUCUGUUUUUAACUGCUCCAGAAGAUGUAAACCAGGAGAAAGGCUGAUAUUAAAAAGUGAAAAAUGCUGCUUUGAAUGCAUCCCCUGUUCAUCUGAAGAGUAUUCAUUUGGAAAUGGUACGACGUGUACGCAUUGUAACGAGACACAAUACUCCCCAGUGAACCAAAGGCAUACUUGCGUGAAUAAAACUGUAGAGUUCCUCGAAUGGACAGACCCAUUCGCCAUCAUUCUGAUCACAAUAGCUGUCUUUGCAAUAGUUGCUACUGUUGUGAUUGCUAUCGUCAUCGGAAUCAACUGUGGAACUCCCAUUGUUAAGGCAAUCGGAAGUUGCUUGACUUUCGUGGAGGUGGCCUCCUUGCUUCUCGGCUUCUGUACUGCCUUCACAUUUAUAGGAAAACCCACUCCAAAUUCCUGUGUAGGCAUUCCUCUCUUUGGCAUCAGUUUCUCCCUCUGCAUUUCCUGCAUCCUGGCCAACUUAGUCCAGAUCAUGCUGGGCUUCAGCUUCGAACCAAGGGUUUCUUCUAAGAUUAAGAGGCUUAAUCAGCCAGUAGCUGUGGUCGUUAUCAUCGCUGGUGUCCAGGUGGCUGUGUCCUUGGCCUGGCUAAUUGUUGUCCCACGUAGUCCUGUGAAGGUGCCAAAACCUACAACCAUAUUGCACCAGUGUAGCAUGUCCGAAGAUUCCUCAAAGUUCUUCGCAGCCACAAUAGUCUACAACUCUUUCUGGGGCUUUGUGUGUUUUAUCUUUGCAUUCAAAGGUAGACAGCUGCCCGACAUUUACAAAAACGCCUCGUUAAUCACCGUGAGCAUGGUUAUGUUUUUAAUCAUAUGGAUUGUUUUCCUCCCAAUUUUCCUCACUAUGGAUGGAAAGUACAAGCCAGCCAUAAGCAGUGCAGCCAUUCUCAUUUCUUGCCUCAGCAUCCUUGGCUGCCACUUGGCCCCCAAAUGUUACAUUAUGCUGUUCAGGAAAGAGGUUAAUAAUCAGAAUGCUAUCAGCGAGUACAUUAGAAAACAUUACGAGAGGAAGGAAAUCUCCGUGAUAUCAUCAUGA